GGCGAAGCCAGCGCUUUGCCAAUCAAAGCCUUUGUCCUCUCGCUCAAAUCCAUGGCGAGCGCCAGCUCCCGGCCGGGCGAGCUCAUUUUGGCCCACGUCUUUUGCAAAAUGCCUACGACCUUGUCCUCGUCUAUCUCGGGCUUGCGCUCAAAGUCGUCAAACUGGUCAUCGAGGAAGACAAGGCACGCUGUGUCCUCAAGCGCCUGCGCCUCGGGAUCUGCAGCCAGAUUCUCCUUGCGUAUCAGCGCCGCGAUGCGGUCCACCUCUUCGGAUGACAGCGGCGGUUGGAUUGAGGCGGAGGUCGAUAGUAAUUCUGCCACCUGAGUUGCGGCCUGUGCCUUGAGCUUGGCCCUCCAGGUGAGAUAGCCUGGACGCGUCAUGGGAUAGCUGCUGCGGGGAAUCUCCCAUCUAAUACCUCACUCACUCGUACGUGGUAAAGUGAGUCUCAAAGCGGUCUCCUGGUAGGUAGGUAAGGGUUGGUAGGGGGUGGGUUGGAGAUUUCUGGCAAGCCAUGGAACAGGUUGAGCGCACCUUCGGAAAUGUUGCGCUCGGCAGGCAAGCUGCAGUACUGGCGAUGCAUCGGGGCACCUUUUGGCCAGCCAUCGGGUCAUUUUUUGAGCAUAAUCCAGCUCAAAGGGCACAUCGGUGCCAUCUGCUCCAGUACUCCUUGGCGUGGCCUGUCUGGGAUCCUGCGCGUGCGCUUCAUCGAUGAGCUGUAGCGCCGUCGCAUAGUUGCUUGGCAAAGCCGGCAUUGAUUCCGAUGCCAUAUUUGCUGCCUUGCGGGUUUUUGGUGUUUUGUUCACCUCAGCAAGAAGUCCCUUGAGAAGAUGUGAUAGUUUGUGUCAACUAACGAACCUCCAUCCAAUCUUAGCUUGUGCCAAUACUCCCCCCAUAGUUUCUCGAAAUAGAUGAGUCAGCCGUUUAAUCAAUAAUGUGAUUGGACCAGCUCCUAUAACUUACCAUCAUCAAAGAGAAUACUGCCGUCCUAUCAAACUUAACUGCUACUGUGUAGCUAGCCCCUUAGGAGCAGUUCGAGUUGUGGCUACUACGUCUCAGGGGGGACUAUAUACGCUGACUAUGGCAUAUAUACCUGUCUAUGUGUAUGCUUUUGGUCAAACCAAGGCAUAUAUUAGGGGGAGUUACUUUUGGCUUUGUGUCAAGCCUAAGUAAAACUCAGUCAGCCGUGUUUGGCAAGCCGGUAUGGAACGACAAGUUCCAAGGGGGGAGCGAUAUCGCACCCCCUGGCCCGUGACCCCUCGCUCAUACCUGCGGCCAGCAAACUGCCAGCCGCCAGUCGUCGGUCACCCCUCUCACUCUGGCCUCACCUCUGACCUCACACAAACAAACGCCCGUGCCCUUAUAAGUCCCAAAAAAACGGCAUCCUUUCACCGCACCACUGGGGCGUUGGGAUUCGUUCCCUGCCCCGGUGGUGCAGUUGGAAGAUCUUGGGGCUGGCCCCCGAGAUCUUCCAGCAAGCGUGGCUGCAGGUUCAAUCCUCACCGCGACCGAAGUAAAAUCCCUCUGGGGUUUUCGUAACCAGGCACCCUCCGGGCUGUCUGGCGAGCUUUUUGUCGAUUUUUUUGUUUGUUUGAUCCCUUUGCUUGACCUUCGUAAUUGCGGAUAAACACACAUAUAUCCUCAGUAGCACAAUCUCUUUUUAGCAUGCGGUCCAUAUAAUGAUAAUUAUCCACCCUUUAAUCGUGCCUUCCACUAUUUUCCCAUCCAGGAACCUUCAAGCUGCUACGUUCAAACUCGCUGACUGCCAAUGACUGUACAAUUUGUAUGCAGUGUCAUCACUUAUUUAUCGUCAUCUUGACACAGCAUCCUUUCGCUCGAAUCAUCUCCUGAACCUCGUUAUUCCUCGCUUCUCAAGCUUUUGACAUUGUUUCUCUGUCAUCCGUAUGUUUCUUUUUCUGUCACCUAUCUUCUAAUCCCACUUCGUUCUGUACCCCCUAGACAGAAGAUUUUCCAGCCCUUUCAUCGCGAAAAUGGCCCCCGGCAAGGACUCGAGAGGCUACAAGUUCCACGUCACCAACGCUUUCUCUGGUCAGCUACUUCUUGUCUCCAAAAGGAGCAAGCCAGAAUCAUCUCAUAAAGAAGAGCAACCCGCCACCGACAGCCUCAGCAUCGUCGUAAACGACUCUGGUAGCGAGAUGCAGUCAACAGACAAUGCCGACCUUUCAAGCUCUGAGGGCUUCAGUCAAGAUGUGGAAGUCAAUUGCCUCAAAAACGUCUGCAUAAAGAACAGCAAACAAGAUACAAAAAGCGUUACAAAGUCAGUCAAAAAACCAGUCAGCAUUCUGAAGCCGUCGCCGUAUGAUACCGAUGUCAGUGACUCCGACGCGGCUGUCGAAUGUUCCAAUGCAAAGCCUGCUUUACCCAAGAAAUGCAAGAAGAAACAGAAGAAGAAGGCAGCAACAGAGACCGAGUCCAGCGUCGCCGAAUCAACCGACUCAGUGGAGCCAACAUCUGGAGAGUCUGCAUCUGCUUCUGAUAGUGAAAGCGCCGCCGCAGCUGCUUCGGGCGAGGAGUCAAGCAAAGAAGAAAGCAACGCUGAGGGGGUUGCAGCCUCAACUGAUCAGAGCGAGGGCACCCAAACAGCAGAGGAUGCAUCUAUCAACGAGCGAAGCGAAGGAACACAAACCGCCGACGCGCCCUCAAUCAAUGAACAGAGUGACGGCACACAGACAGCUGAAGACCUUUCGAUAAAUGACAAGAGUGAAGGCACACAGACUGGCGAUGAUGAAAAGCCAGCCGAGGAGACCAAGUCUACUUCCAAACCAUCGGCGGCGGGUGACGGUUGGACUCCUUCAAAGGAUGCCCUCCUCCGUUCAAUGAAGGACGGCGGCGAGACAUGGGCGACGAUAGCGUCUGCUAUUUCCAUGCACAAGAACUCGUGCAAGGCGCGUUGGAAAGAUCUCAGUACAAUUGGAGACGGUGGUGCUGACAAGGAGGAAGAGAAGGCCAAAGAGAAGCCCGAUGGCCGAGGCAAGGACAUGAACGAUACCAAAAACGAUGGCGGAAAAGCUACGAAGGUCGAGGGUGCGCCUAUUGCUGCCGUCGCAGACGCCACACUGGCCGACAACAACGUCGCCCCCGGCAACACCACAGCCAGUGACGCCGACAACGAGGUCUCUACUGCCGACAACAACAAGAAGCAGAAGCAGAAGAAAAAGCCCAAGCUACCUGAACAAGUCAAGAAGAUCAUGAAGGAGAAGAACAUGGUAAAAGCCACCGCCGUCAGUGACGACGGCGGCUCCUCAGCCCCAUCUGGAGGAGCUGGUCGCGCCAGGGUCGCGACGUGGCUCGGCGUCCACGGUCCCCAUUACGCAUCUGUCCAAGUCCCAGACCCCAUGCCCGGCAACGGCUGGACGGCGGAAAACUGUGCCGUGCUGGGCACUCUAGAGCGCAAGCGUCGGGUCGAGCGCUGGCUCGAUCUGCAGGCCGGAUUUUACAAUGCUACCGGACGUAUGGUGUCAAUCGAGGUGUUGAAGGACAAGGUUGGAGGCGAAGCAUGACGAGGUGGCUUUUGUGUUCACUGUGAUCUGGCAGCGACAUUGAAAGGGGUUUUCACGCUGCCUCGGACGCUUGAGUUUGGGCUGUGCGUGAAUAUUGGAUGCUAGAAUCGAUCGGCAAUGAGAUGGUAAAGACAUACCAAUCCGCAGGGAAUAUGCUCAGGGGCUCGUCUUUGCCUACUGGUAUGGAUGAGCAAGCUAUUCAGCCCCGAG